AUGUCAGGAAGAGGAAAGGGAGGAAAAGGAUUGGGAAAAGGAGGAGCGAAGAGACACAGGAAGGUUCUAAGAGACAACAUCCAAGGAAUCACGAAGCCUGCGAUCAGACGACUUGCUCGCAGAGGAGGCGUGAAGAGAAUCAGCGGCUUGAUCUACGAAGAGACGAGAGGAGUUUUGAAGAUCUUUCUCGAGAAUGUCAUCAGAGACGCUGUGACUUACACUGAGCACGCGAGGAGGAAGACGGUUACUGCUAUGGAUGUUGUGUACGCGUUGAAGAGACAAGGCCGUACUCUUUACGGAUUCGGUGGUUAA